AUCCUUCUCUCCUUUUCUCAUUGUCUUCUCUUGUAGUCUCUAGCUUCUGCUUGUAUUUUCUCAUUUCAGUCCUGAAAAAUGGCAGAAGUUGAGUACCGAUGUUUCGUCGGUGGUUUGGCCUGGGCCACCACCAAAAGCUCUCUCCAUGAUGCGUUCUCUUCAUUCGGCGAGGUCAUCGAAUCGAAGAUCAUCAACGAUCGUGAGACCGGGAGAUCCAGAGGUUUUGGCUUCGUUACCUUCAAGGAUGAGCAAGCAAUGAAGGAUGCUAUCGAGGGGAUGAACGGCCAGUCUCUUGACGGGCGUAACAUAACUGUUAACGAGGCUCAGUCUCGCGGAAGCGGUGGCGGCGGCGGCGGUGGCGGUUUCCGUGGUGGACGUCGUGAGGGCGGAGGCGGUGGUGGCGGUUAUGGUGGCCGUAGGGAAGGUGGUUACGGUGGUGGCGGUUAUGGUGGCCGCAUAGAUGGUCUCCUUUGGGCUGUAUGCGGUUGUGAAUUUUUAUAG